UAGUCCAUCACUUGCAAUGGAAUGGUUUUCUACAAAACAAAUUUCUUACUCCAAGCCCAUCAUGAUGAGGAGGAAGAAGGUCACCAUCACCAGUCUCCAACUUCUCUCAACCCAAUUCUCUGUUCCUGGACUGCAAGACUUCCAUGGUGCAACUGAGGGUUCUUUGGCCCCAUAAGAUCAAGGUCAUUUACCUCCCAUACAGAAAAGGUAGCGAUUCCCUUAACAGUGGUGGACCGAAAUCUAGAGACCCAUGAACCAUCUAGGAAGAUCAAGUUGCACUUGCCAGAGAUUUGAGUCAUCCUAUAAUGAUGCAGGUCUCAAUCUUCUAAAAUGAUUUAACCAUUCCGCCAUUUAUUGU